GAAAAACACUUCUGUAUUCAUCAGUUCCACUGCCUAGUCUUUCACUGAGGUCACCGCAAUGCUGUCUUCCCCAAAUCCAUACCACUAUCCUUCUCAUCUGGAAGGCUUGACCAGGAUUGAGCGGUUGUUUGUCUUCAAAGACCAUCCUGGAUGUUUUGAAGUUUGCUGUGAAACGCAGCCUAACCGCAGUUAUACAGUGAAGGAUGACAGUGGGAACAAAGUUUUUAGUGUCACAGAGGACGGUGACUGCUGUAGCAGGCAAUACGCUGAACGUUCCUUUGUUAUGAAUGUUACUGACAACUUAAACCGAGAGGUCAUCAGACUGGUGCACCCAUUUGUUUGCACCAGCUGCAGCAGCCACGAGCUGGAGGUUCAGUCUCCACCAGGAACUCCCAUUGGUUAUGUUCGUCAAAACUGGCACGUUUUCUUACCUAAAUUCACAGUUGAGAAUGAACGAGGUGAGCCUGAGUUUAGGAUCAAAGGGCCAUCUGUAUUCUGGACCUGCUGCACGGAUGUGAACUUUGAGCUGGUGACUUUGAACGCGGCAGCAGUAGAAAGAUCAUUUGGCAGGAUAAUCAAUCCUUUCGGUUGGACAGGACCAAAUCCUGGUGCCAAUUUUGUGCUGGAGUUUCCAAGCAGCCUGCAAGUCAAAAUGAAAGCUACCGUACUGGGGGCCUGCAUACUAAUUCACAACAUGUAUUAUGAAAACCAACAAUAAAGGAAAACGGUGGGAUCUCUUUAUGAAAACAAAGGUUGCUAACAAUCUUUUUUUUUUUUAAUCUUUCACCAAUAUUACAUGAAUCUUAUGUGUCUAUACUGUCUUAUCUCA